AUGAGUUAUGAAAUCCAAUCACCAAUUAGAAGUCUAUUAGAGCAACAACAACAACAAAGAGUUCCUAUUAUUUCAACAAAAAAAGUUUCUAGCUUUUUAAAAAAGUUAAAAGGAGCAACUUCUGAUAUAAUAAAUGAGGAUGAUGAAGUUCAUAAAUAUUGGAUUUCUGCUGAAGCUGAAGAAGAU